CAAUCUAAGAGAAAAUAAAAUAACAUGGCCUCAGACAAUCUUGUAGUGCUCAAUGCACUUGACACAGCGCGUACCCAAUGGUACCAUGUCACCGCUGUUAUCAUUGCUGGAAUGGGAUUUUUCACUGAUGCAUAUGAUCUGUUCUGUAUCACUACUAUCUCGAAACUUUUAGGCCGUUUGUACUACUACGACCCAACUACCCAUGCCCCUGGCAAAUUGCCUCAUGUCGUGAACAAUUGGGUGAUUGGAGUUGCUCUAGUUGGUACUCUAUCAGGCCAGCUUGUUUUUGGUUGGCUCGGAGAUAAACUUGGUCGAAAGAAAGUCUAUGGACUUACAUUAAUUCUCAUGGUCCUUUGUGCAAUUUGCUCGGGGUUGUCCUUUGGGUAUAGCGCGAAAGGCGUAAUAGGGACACUCUGUUUCUUCAGAUUCUGGCUUGGAUUUGGAAUUGGAGGUGAUUAUCCUCUUUCUGCUACGAUCAUGUCUGAGUAUGCUAACAAGGCAACUCGUGGGGCGUUCAUUGCUGCUGUUUUCGCGAUGCAAGGAGUUGGGAUCAUUUUUGCUGGGCUCGUUUCGAUGAUUAUUUCAAAAUUGUUCUUGAUGAAGUAUGGAGGGAAGCCAUUUGAUGUGGAUGAAAUUUUGUCCACGGAGCCCGAGGCUGAUUAUGUUUGGCGGAUCGUGUUGAUGCUUGGAGCUCUUCCGGCUCUUCUUACCUAUUAUUGGCGAAUGAAGAUGCCUGAAACAGGGCGUUACACUGCCAUUAUUGAAGGAAAUGCUAAACAAGCCGCGAUUAACAUGGGAAAGGUACUUGAUAUUGAAAUUCAAGCAGAAGGUGAUAAAUUGGCUCAAUUUAAAGCAGCUAAUGAGUAUUCUUUACUCUCCAAUGAGUUCUUCCAACGCCACGGGCUUCAUUUGAUUGGUACAAUGAGUACUUGGUUCUUGUUAGACAUAGCUUUCUACAGCCAAAACCUUACACAAAAGGACAUAUUUCCAGUCAUGGGACUCACUAGGAAAGCUAACACGAUAUCCGCCUUGAGGGAGAUGUUUGAAACAUCGCGUGCCAUGUUUGUGAUUGCCUUGUUUGGUACUUUCCCUGGUUACUGGUUCACAGUAUUCUUCAUUGAAAAAAUCGGAAGGUUUAGAAUACAAUUGAUGGGGUUCUUCAUGAUGUCUGUUUUCAUGGCGAUCAUUGGACUCAAAUACGAUUACCUAAAGACUAAAGAGCACAAAUGGACAUUCGCAGCUCUCUAUGGUUUAACUUUCUUCUUUGCCAAUUUUGGCCCCAAUUCAACCACAUUUGUGCUCCCCGCGGAGCUGUUCCCUACAAGGGUGAGAUCCACUUGCCACGCGUUGAGCGCAGCUUCUGGAAAGGCGGGGGCAAUGAUCAGUGCAUUUGGGAUACAACAAUACACGCAAGAUGGGAAUGUUCAUAAAAUCAAGACAGCUAUGAUACUGAUGGCCGUUACAAAUAUGGUUGGAUUUUGCUGCACGUUCUUGGUGACCGAGACAAAAGGGAGAUCACUCGAAGAGAUUUCAGGGGAGGAUGGCGGGAAGAAUGAGACACAAAUGAAGACUAGCAAACCUGUCUCUGGCCACCAGGACGACGGAUGGGAAUAACAACAUGAUAUUAUAUUGACAAGUUUAAUAUCACUUUGAACAAUACGUAAUUUCAAAUGUAGGAAAUCAUUCAAUAAAGGGGCUAAUA